AUGGGCAUUCUUGAAGAAUUGGGCCAGCUGACUGAACUGAGGGUGCUGAAAAUUGUCUUGAUUGAAUGGGAUGACAAACUAGUGGGGUGCCUAAACAAACUGCUAAAGAUCCAGGAUCUUAGUAUCUGGGCCUAUGCUUGGAUGAGCCCUCCGUCGUCGCUUCUGCCGGACCUCUCCUCCCUAUCCAUCCUGGUAAGGGAGGUUCGGCAGGCAGAUCUGGAUAUCCUCGGGAGGUUGUCAGCUCUCCGCUAUCUGAAUCUGGAGGUGGACCAUGAGAAUCUUGGAAUCAUCCUUGGAGGACUUGUCAUUUGUACCGGUUCGUUCUCAUGCCUGGUGCAAUGCAGGUUCUGGAACUUUUUAGUGCCUGUAGCGUUUCAGGAAGGAUCUAUGCCGAGGCUCCAAACUCUUAAGUUCCAGUUCUCUGUACGAGGGUUGAGAUCAAUCGCUAGUGGAAAUGGUGGUCUCGACUUGGGCCUAGGGAACCUGCCGUCAUUCCAGCACCUUAACGUUCAUUUGGACUCUCAAGGCGCUAGUAACGAGGAGGUGGAGGAACUGGAGGCUGCACUCUGGCAUGCCAUUGACAUCCAUCCUAAUCAUCCCCAGCUGUACAUGUAG